CCCAGCCACUAGACGGCGCCGGUCGAGAUUGCUCCGUACACGGCGGGGCUGGAGGUCAGAGUUGAACGUUUGACAGAAAGCUGAACAUGGAUUCCAUAUUUCACGAGAAACAAGAGGGCUCCCUUUGCGCCCAACACUGUCUUAACAACCUGCUACAAGGAGAGUAUUUCACUCCUGUGGAUCUAUCCUCAAUUGCUCAUCAGCUCGAUGAAGAGGAGAGAAUGAGGAUGGCAGAGGGAGGUAUGGCCAGCGAGGAGUACAGGACCUUCUUACAGCAACCAUCAGGAAACAUGGACGACAGUGGGUUCUUUUCCAUACAAGUAAUUAGCAAUGCUCUUCGAGUGUGGGGCUUGGAGCUAAUCCUCUUCAACAGCCGCGAGUACCAGAGCCUGAUGAUAAAUCCAAUAAAUGAAAAAGCCUUCAUUUGCAACUACAAGGAGCACUGGUUCACUAUACGCAAACUUGGACAACAGUGGUUUAACUUGAAUUCCCUUUUGACUGGACCAGAAUUGAUAUCAGACACCUAUCUAGCCCUUUUCCUUGCACAGUUACAACAAGAAGGGUAUUCCAUAUUUGUGAUCCGAGGAAACCUUCCCGAGUGCGAAGCAGAGCAGAUUCUUGGAAUCAUGAGGGUCCAGCAGCAGCAGCGGCCCAGAUUGAUUGGAGAAGAGGAGGCCCAGACUAGUUCAGGUAGCAGGUCAGUUGCUCUGGGCCAAUCAGAGAUGGCCUUUGGUGUGGAGGAUGAAGUUGUGGAUGAAGAUGAAGAACUGAAGAGAGCUUUAGCACUCAGUAGACAGGACAUAGAUGUGGAAGAUGAAGAAGCUGAUCUUCGCAGGGCCAUACAGCUCAGUAUGCAAGGAGCAGUUAUGAGCAACAAGUCUUCAGAGUGUGGAGUGGGAAAUGUAAAAUCAGGGAGCCAGGCAGCAGGAAGUGCUGCAAGAGAACAGAGAGAAGGCCAGAAUGAGACACUUACAGCUGAGGAACUGAGGAAGAGAAGACAAGCCUACUUCGAUCGGCAGCAGCAACAAACUCAGACAAACAUUCCUCAACCAAAAGAUACUCAACCAACUGGAAGCUCAGGUUCAGUAAACGCUGGCUCUGAAGGGGACCAACAACCAAAACCCAGCCAGUGAAAUUGUGGAAGGUUUGCCUGUAUUGUUUACCAGCUGCCUGGAUUGGCAACCCGGUACAGGGUUAGCUUGUCUCCCUCCUCUAACCUUUUGCACAUGCGGACCUGAGGACAGUCAGAAGGCUGACAGUUUACCCCUGGUUAGUUCACUGACUAUAAAGGCUAUAAAGAAGAGGCAGCACUUAAUCCAGCUCAGUGAAGUACUGAGAUGGGGAAAAGAUUGACGAGACUCAUGAUGCAGUUAAUCCAAGUUUGCAAUUGCCUUUUUAACCAUGGCGCCUUCUCUUUCUAUUGUAUACACUUUUGUAUUCUUUUUUUUGGCUUUUUUUUUUUUGGCUUUGGCUUUUGUGUUUGUUUGUUUGUUUGUUUGUGUGAAAGACGGGCUACCCCUGAAUAUCACAGAAAGGGCGUGUUUUGUUAUUUUGUGAUGAUGACAUGUUGACACAGGCAUUCUAUGAAAGCCAUAUGAGACCAAUGCUUUGGACCAUAGAUAAAAGCUUUUAAAGCUCUUUUCACCUAUGGGAUAUAUAAUAUUGCUGGCUUCAUCAGUAUGUUAAAAACGAUGCUGUUGUGUCAUUCAGAGAAAGGUCACUUUUACAUUAAUGUUUCUCACUGCUUCAUUCAGACAUGACCACAACAGAGACACAGAGAAACGCAGUAUGCGCGUGAUAUUUGGCAUAUUGUCAGCACUGACUCUAGUGAAGUGUCAUCAUAUCCUUGAAUAUAUGUUCUUCAGCUACAGAGCAGGAUCUGUGUAUGUGUGUGUGUCCUGCAUAGUGCUUCAAGAUGAGCUGCCCCCACCCUUGCAGACAGGCUUGAGAGAAAUCACACUUCUAGAUUGGGAGUAUCAAAAAGGCAUUAUGGAAAAAUGCUUAAACCUUAUUGCAGACAUACAUCCUGUUGCUCUUUAUGGUGUUCUUUAGUUAACUGAGCAAACUUGAAAGAUUAAAGAGAGGCACACACGGCUAUAUUCUCGUGCGUGUGCCUUUCUAUUAAUGCGACUGCGUGCUGAAAGCUACACAUAAAUCAUACUAAAGCUGACGUAUUAAGUUUGCCAUUGCAUCUUAUACAGAAAUGUGACCAGGUUGCUCAAUCAGGCAUGGAGUCUGAUUUAGAUGUCAUCAGAUUCUUUGGAAAGAAGAGGUGUUCUAAAAAGGGGCUAAUGACAGUGAGUCCUUUUAUAGUAGACUUGAGUGUGUAGAACAAUAUAUAUAU